AUGUUCGAGCUAAUAAAGAAUUUGAAGCCAAAUCUGAGCCCUACUGCGAUCCAUUGCAACUUUGAGCAGGCAGCAUUCGCAGCCAUGGAAGAUUGCUUCCCAGGAGUAAAUAUCAACGGAUGCUUCUUCCACUUAGCACAAAACAUGAAGAAGCAUGUGGCACUAUUAGGCCAUCUUACAGAAUACAAUAACGACACCCAAUUUGCCUUAAAUUGUAAGAUGGUGACAUCCUUUGCAUUCGUUCCAGUUCGUCAUUUAGAUCAGGCCGUUGAUGUGUUGGGAAACGCUUUACCUGUUGCGCUUCAACCACUGUUGGAUUGGUUCGAAGACAAUUACGCAGGACGUACGAACAGACGAGGAGAUGGUAGACGCCCUCCAUUAUUACCCCAGGAGAUGUGGAAUCUCUAUCAAAGGACGAUGAAGAGGGAGGAUCGAAACAACAAUUACGAGGAGGCAGCACACAGAAGGCUUCAAACAUAA